CAGCAACCGGUGUGGCUCACCUUAUCAAGACUCUUACAUCGGCAUUUCCGGAGCGAGACUGCCAGGCCGUGUUUGGUAGGUUGCAAUCUGGAUAUCACACGGUUGCAGACAUAUAUACACAUUUCAGUCAUCGACCUGGCUUCUGGACCAAGAAUUAUCUUUUCCCUAGUCGCACUUUUCAGCCGGAAGUUUUUGGCAUUCAGUGAGGUGAAAUCAGGGCGGUCGCACACCACACAACGGAGCAAUGGGAGUCCACGCCCACGAACAUUGCCUCAAAAUGGCCCGGCGGGAAGACGGGACACCGUGGUGGUCAGCUUUUCCAGAGCCCAGUUCAUCACCGGUCAAGAUAACCUGGUCUGAGGUCGCCCGGCUUCUUCAAGACCGAGACCAGUCUCAACCCCGUGAGUUCCUGUUGGUCGACACCCGGCGAACAGACUGCAUCGGAGGAAUCAUCCAGGGGUCCCUGAACAUUCCGGCUCACAGUUUCUACUUGAUGAGAGCGAUGCUGUAUGAUUUGUGCAAACAGGCGGGUAUCAAGAGGAUAGUCUUCUAUUGUGGCUCCUCCAACGGCCGAGGACCAAGAUGCGCCGCUUGGAUGCAGGACUAUAUCAAUUCUGUUUCUGACGGGUCUGGUUCCGACUACGAAUCUGACUCGGGGUGCUCGGCGGAGAUGACCACGCAGGUGAUGGUGGGUGGAAUCCGAGGAUGGGUCAAGGCGUAUGGCGGAAAGAUGAUGGAAGGGUACGACGAAAAGACCUGGGAGCACCCGAAGCCUGAUGAGGAGACCUGUUGAGGAAGGGCGCGUCGGUGAUGGGGUAUCUCGUUUUUUUCUCCUUUCCAUUCGCCCUAAACCGUCCUUGCUUCCGAUUCUCUUCUUUCUCAAAUGAUGUAACGCCAGACCCCUCUGCCCAAAAUACAAUAGCC